AUGGUAGAUGUGUUUAUAGCUGAGAGUAAAUAUAGAAGGGGAGAUGCUAAAGCAGGUGAGAAGAUCUUUAUUCAGAAAUGUGCUCAGUGCCACACAGUGGAAAAAGGUGGAAAACACAAGACUGGUCCAAAUCUCUGGGGCUUUUCUGGCCCUGGACGAAAAACAGGACAAGCACCAGGAUUUUCUUUUUCCGAUGCUAACAAAAACAGAGGUAUUAUCUGGGGAGAGGAAACUCUGAUAGAAUAUUUAGAGAACCCAAAGGAAUAUAUCCCUGGAACUAAAAUGGUCUUUGCUGGUCUUAAAAAGAAGAGUGAGAGAGAUGAUCUUAUUCAGUAUUUGAAACAGGCAACAUCUUCAUGA